GCCCGCAGGUCGGAGGAGGGCAAGGGGAGGGACUGUGGGGCCGUGUGCAGAGCGGGGCGGACGCGGGGCCCCGCCUCCUACGCGUCCCGAGGCUAUUGAGGCGGGGGAGUGGCCCUCGCUACUGUGACCGCGAUUGGUCUCGUCUUCCACCUGUUGUGGAAACCGUCUGGCCCUUUCGCUAAGUGCGGCAGGUGCCUUUCACUUCGUUGGGGGAAACACCACCCACCCCCCCGGUUGGGGAAGCGUCCUCACCCUCCCUCUUUGGAAAUCAUGUUUAGGAUGCGGGUGACACCAUCAGUCACGGAGCCCGAUGAUUCCCGCUUGUUUUACUGAAGUUAUAAUUCCUGGGAAAGCAUGAUCAACUCUGCAAGUGAACUGGAGUUUUCCGAAGAAGAAAUUAAAAACGAAUUAUCAAAACUCACUUCCCCUGACACAUACGGAGGAAUCGGGAUCCAAAGAAAAAGUGUAAUGUGUUUAAAUGAAAAAAAUGGCUAUCAGGACGCUGUUUAUAUAAAGGCAGCUAAUAUUUUUCAAAGCAUUAGAAUUGAAAAGGCACCCGACAAAGUCUUGAUAAAGUAUGGCCAUGAACCAGUGCUGGCCUUGCCGGAUUUUGAAGAUGAAAAAUCCCAGCGUUUGUCCUAUGAACUAGCUUUCAGUGCUCUAAAAUAUCAAGAUAUUUUGGAAAGCAUAUUAAUAGACAGCUGUUUCUAUCCAAAUGUGUCAAUACCAGAUGCUCUGACCAGUCUUGUUGUCGUGAUGUUGUAUGACUUCCAAGACAGAAAAUUUCAAAGUCGACUCAUUUCAGAUGAGGAAGAGUCAAUUUCAGAAGUUCAGGAAGUAGAGAAUCUUCUUAACAGUUUUAAAACAAAAUUGGCUGCAGCACUGGCAAGAUGUCGAAUUAAGCAUGAUGCUCUUUCAAUUUACCACAUUCUACCAGAAACUGUUAGAAGACAGGAACAAAGAGCUUCUACUUUGCCACUUUAUGCUUGGGUAAAUACUUGCAAAAUCAGCCCUGAAGUUGUUUGCGAUGAUUUGAAGAAAGAAGGAUACACCAAAGUCAGAUCUGCAUUUGACUUGGAGUGCAAAUCUUUUUGUAUGGACCAGCAUUGCAGUGAUGUCUUAAUUUUUCCAUCUCAUCUUAAAAGUGAACUUCUUAAUAUAGAGCUUUGUACAGAUUAUAAACUUUUGUUUCAGGAUAAAUCUCGAAGUCUUGCUGUCCAUUCUGUAAAGACCUUGCUGAAUAUGGAUGAUGACAUCUUACUGGUUAACAUGGGUUCCUGGUACACUGUUGCUCAUAUGUCAACACUGACAAAUCAGAGCACCUCAAAAAUAUAUGUAUGUGGAAUAAAAUCACAAACUAAGGAAUCUGAACUGAAGGAUCUUUUUACAAAUAUGGGAUGUAAAAACAUUGAGCUGCUGCAAGAAAAUUUUACUGACAUUGAAGCAAAAGAUCAAAGGUUACAGAAAGUUAAAGUUAUUCUUCUGCUGCCUCGUUGCUCUGGACUGGGUGUUAGCAACCCAAUAGAAUUUAUUUUAAAUGAGAAUGAAGAUGCAGAAUUGCUUAAAGAUCACUCUCAAGGCUCCAUUGCAGAAGAUAAACUUAAUGUUCUUGCUGAACAGCAAUAUAAACAACUAAAACAUGCAAUGCAGUUUAACAAAGUACAAGCAAUUGUUUACUGUACAUGUUCAGUUUAUCCGGAAGAAAAUGAAGUUGUUGUUAAAAAAGCACUGGAACUUGGAGUCGAAGGGAAUAAUAAAGUACAACCUUACAGGCUAAGUCCUCCUGUACUUCCACUGUGUUCUGUAAAAGAAAUUCGUUCAUCUAUUGAUAAAUUUUUCAAAGUAGAACCAUCUGAAAUUACCAAUGGUUGUUUCCUUGCUGUCCUAACAAGAGAGCGGGACCCAUCAGAGACAGUGUCUGUCAAAGACGUUUUGGCACGUGCUGCAGCAAAGGGAUUGCUAGAUGGUAUUGAGUUAGCCAAAACAUCAAAAAAGGAAAAGAAGAAAAAGAAAUCCAAAACAACACUGGCAAAAACUUCUGUUAAUGAGGGCAUGAGUACACAAAUAAAAAUCGCGGAAUUCCUGAACCGAGAAUUGAGACCAUAUGUUAAUCAUUCAGAGACAUUAACAACCAAAGCAUGUCCUCCACAGAAAAAUACAAAUCAAACAACAAGUACUCCGCCACAGAAAAAAACUGGCAAGACACCCUCAAAUGCAUUUACGAAGAACAUUCCUUCCACGUCCAAGGCAGCAGAGAGACAGAUGAGCACUAUGAGGCCACGCCCUGAGGAUAAAAUGAUUGCAUUGAAACCUGUAGAGAUCGUUUUGCCUCCAGUGAUGAUGUCAUACUCUGGUUCCCAAGCCAACAAACCCCAGAUUCCAGCGCAUUUCUUUUACCAGUGGAUUGGAGGCAAGACUGGUGGCUCAGUUGCGCCUUCAUCAUCCAAAAAAUUGGAAAAACCUAAAGAAAACUUACCUUCCACUGCAGUGAGGCAUCCUCAGCCGUGGCUUUGAUCAUCACCUGUUAUUUCCCUGGGGUGAAAGGGCAGAGUAUUUUUCUACCAAGUUUGACCUUUCUCUAAAGGUUAAAUAUCCUGGUGUGGAUAUUCAUCCUUUAGGUCACCUGGCCUCUACUGUGAAUCUAAAUGAGACACUACAUUCAGAGAAUUAAGAUAAUAACGUAGCCCAGGAAAUUAAGCAGAGUUCACCAAACUGGAUAGCUUGGUGCUUUAUCUAUUUAGAAAGCAACAGUUCUAGAUUCACUAUCAGUUGUUAGACUUUUAUUACUUCUGUAACUUGGUCAAUAGGACAUCAGUUUUAAAAGAAACUUGAAGUGUAGUGUCUUACCUGAAGAUAAUUAUUUUUUUAUCUUACCCAUCAGAUUUAAGAACUUAACUUUUAAGACAGUUAUAAGAGUAUAGUUACAGAAAAGAUGCUGGCCCUCUUAGAUGAAGUUUAGGUUCUUAUCUCAGCAUGCGUCUUGUAACUUUAUAAGACAGCCUAUCCAUUUCAGCCUUUAAGCUGAACUUUUAAUACUCAAACAUUAGGGAGACUGCUUUGUACUGAUAUUGAGAUUGACUACAAGCAAGAAAAAUAGGAGGUUCCAAUGAGCUGUAUAGAACAGAUGUUCUUUUACACAGUGAAAAUUACCUCUCAUAUGGUGAACUUUCCAGGGUCCUGAGCAGGGUAAAAUGGCAUAGCUGUCUUUGACCACUUAGGUCAGAUGCUUUUAAAAAUAAUGACUGAAAGUAAGCUUACUCCUGAAUAUUAUCAAUUCUAAGAAGAAAUAAAAUUGUUGGAUCCAAGUAACACCGGUAGUUGAAGAAACCCCUAAAGAUUUCUAAUUCCACUGAAAGAUCAGGUGAAAUGUGAAAAGCUGUAAGUCAUUUCAAAUUGAAAACAGUAAUCAAACUUUGGCAAAUCAUUUCUGUUGCACAGUCUGCUAAAAUAUAUUAUAGCAUUUUGUUAAUUAUAUUAAAUGCCAAUUCAUCUUCCAAGUAUUAUCAACUGCCUGCAAAGAAUUAGUUUGAUUGUCAUUUCUGGGUCUACUGACUUUUUUCAUCAUGGCAACAGAAAUUGUUUGACAGUAAGUAGAGCAAGUUACAAAUUUAUUGUCUUUUUUUAUACUGUUCAUAAACAGUUUCAUAAAAUCUGAAUUUAAAUGAUGUUUGACACCCAAAGUUUGGUAGUGUUGAACAGUGUUGUGUAAAUUACUCAUUUCUAAAUAUUUAAUUCAGGUGUCUAUAGACUAUAGAAUUUUAAAGUACCUUAGAUGGUAUAAUUGUAAUAGCUUGUUAAUGUGUUAAAAAUGAAAUCUUAGCUAUAUAUUUGGAAAAAAAGGAAUUUUGAUUUUCAUUUUAAUAAAUUGUUUUCUAUUUUAGUUGGAGGUUCACAUUGUUUCAUAGGUUAAAUGUUAAUGAAAAAAGGAAUAAAAGGGCUCCUAUUUUUUACACAGGAAACAGUGUUACUUGGAAUCUUCCAAGGAAGAGCUAUGUACUAAUUAUGAUUUUUUUUUACAUGUCAAGGAAUACAGUAGUAUUCUUUUUUAUCUAACAUCAUGAAUGUAUAAAUCAUGAACCACAAAUACCACAGUUUAUCUAAUUACCAUAUGUAUUCAUCCUUCUUUUUAAUCUAUAACUGGUUUAGAAUUCUCAAUGCUUCCAUGAACCUGUUUUAGUUAAAAAAAAAUCAUGUAUUUCAUCUUGGCAGCAAAAAGUUCAUUAUUUCCCAUGGCUCUAGUAUUCCAUUUUCCACUAGAAGUAGUUCUAGGGCUUUCUGUCUGCUUACUCUGAUGGAAAAAAAAAUAGAUUUCUUCCAACAUUAUGAAGCAAUUUAGGGUACUUUUUCCAACCUCUGUUGCAUCUAGUUUUUGUAGUUCUGUUAGAACUUUUAGCUAUUUGUGUUUUAGUAUUUUAAAUAAAUAUAAAUCAUUGCACUAAAUUAUUUCAAACAUUGCUCUUUACAUUUAGCAUUAUAUAAACAUUCUGAAUUACAGUUGUCCCUUUAAGCCUACAAGUUUCUUUUUAAUGUAAACUUUUACUAAGAACAUGAUAGGGCUUUAAUGAUCAAACAUUUAUAAACUUUUUCAUAAUGAAAGAAAAGAAAAUACUACUUGGAAGCAUAUUCUAACUGGAGGCUAAGCCAGGGGCUUAAACAUUGAGUCUUGCUGGUCUGGAAAUGGGCUGCAUACCCUAGUUUUGUAUCAGCUCAGAUUAUGAAGAUAUCAAUGCAUUGCUAUCUUUAAUCAACCUAAGUGAGGUCCCUUGGUCCUCUAUGAGAUGUAAGCUGUUCAACCUUAGGUGCUCCCGUAUUCAAUGUCUAGAGUACCUCCAUCAGCUCUCAGGUAAAAGAGUUUUGAUUGAGUGGGUCUGUAAUGUGGAUUUGGUGUUACAUCAGAUUAUCUACAGGCAGUCAUUGAACCAAGACUUUUUUUUUAAAGUUAAACGUGAAAACACUUUAAUGACAGAAUGUUGGUCACACUUGGCCAGUUAUUUCUUCUGGGAAGUGAAAUAACAUUUUUUUUCUUGAAUUUCCUUGAGAAAAAAGUUGAAUUUUAAGGUCAAACUUGAAAUGAUAUGCUGCACUAGCAAUCAGAAGGUUUUCAGAGGACAUUUUGUGAAAUGAGUAUUUGUGGCUUAGAGUCAUAAGUGUGAAAAGGCAUGAGGAAGCCAAAUUGAUUAUUUUGUUGAUUAUCCUAGUCCCUUAGUUCUUUGUGUUACACUGUGAUGAUAUCACAAUUAUCCAAGUGAGAAACCUGAGGGUUUUUUUUUUACUAAAAAUUACAUUUGAUUUUCAUGCUCAGAAAAGACUAGUAUCUCAGGAUCUCAGGUUCUCAUGGUAAGUGAAAGAUAAUACAUCCUUCCCAUUUUCAACCAGACUAUGUUAACUAAGCCUUUUUUAGAGAGACCAGUUCAAGUGUUGUUUUUUUUUUAAACAAACUUUUUAUUUAGCCCCUACCAACUGCAUGGCCCUAUGCUAGAAGCUAGAAAUACAAAGAUGAAAAUUUCAGCAGAUGGAGACUUGGAGGGAUGUAGUUCAAACACAGAGGACAGACAGCCUAUAGGAACGUGCCACGUGGGAGAGGACAAGAAGAGUUCAGAAAAUAGCUAGUCUUCCAAUUUGUAUUUUAUCAGAUAGGCAAUAGGAAACCACUAGAAGUUUUUUGAGCAGGGUUGUGACAUGAUCAGACCUGGGCAUCAAACAGAUUAUUUUGGCAACUGUGUGAAGGAUGGAUCAAAGACGAGAGAGACUAGGCAAGUUAUGAGGCUAUUAUUAAAUUAAUCUAGGAAAAAGGGUGGCAGUUUAGGUGAAAAGAAGAGGUCAGAUGUUAGAGUGGAAGUAAAAUACAGGGGCUGAGGGAGAGGUAAGAAUCAGAGAUGAUGGCUUUAAGUCUGGGAGGAGACUACAGCCAUUAGCAAAAAUAGAGAUGUUCAGCAAUUAGCUGGAAAUACAGAACUUGAACUCAAUAGAGAUUUAGUAGUCAUCUAUCAAAAGGUGAUAAUUGAGCAUGAAGAUGAAAUUGCCAGGGGAGAAAGCAUAUAGAUGAGACAAGAGACCCAAGGACAAAACCUUUGUGGGAUACUUACAUUUCAGGCUGGAAAGAAAAAGAUGAACCUGCAAAGACUGAGAAGGUAAAGCUAGAGGAUCAGAAAAGUGUUGCCAUUGAAGCUGAGAUAGGAAAGAGUAAGAAAAUAUGUCAUGUUCAGGAGUUUCAUGAGCUAAAGAAUGGCCCAAAGAAAAUAAGAACUUAGAUAAAGGGUAUUGUUCUUUGGCAAUUAAAAGAUGACCAGCUUUCUUGCAUAGUGGUUGCAAUAAAGUUUUUAUUAUAGGUAGAUUGGAGGAGGAAGCAAGGACUACUCUUUGUAGAAUUUUAAUGGAAGAGUUACUUUUGGUUCUCUGCCCAAACAAUGUCUGUUGCUUUUGGCUGCUAAAUGUGUACCACACUGGCAUUUAAUUCAGAAUUUAAAUAAUAUGCCAUUAACACGUCAGUUUUAUCUGGGAGAAGUACAAGAAAUUUAAUGAAAGUUUCAUCUAUAAUUAAAUAUGAAAAAGGGCAAUGGCAGACAUCUUAGGUUAUUAAAUUGAUGUUUCAAAAGCAGUUCAAUUUUGGAGGAGACUUUGAAAUAAAAUAGCCAACAUAACUAAAUGUGUUUUAGUGUCUGUCCCCCCAAAUAUGACUUUAAAUUAUUUCAGAUAAAUGAGUCAAACAUUUUAUGCAGCUAAGUUUAUUCUCACAACAAAUUACAUUUAAAUGUGUAAAAGUGGUCAACAGCAAAAGGAAAAAAAUAAAAGAAAGCAAAAGUUUCUUUCUGGAAUAAGCUGCAUUGUUUGGAAGUGAGCUCUUUAACAUGAUAAACUGUGAGCAAGUGCCCUUCCCUGAAACUCCAACUUCCUUUUGCUGACUAUAAAGCACAUGUUUGAGCCAUAUAUUAAGAUAACUAAGCUUGUU